AUGGACAGCCCGCCGACGACGGCUGAAUCUCCACAUCGCUAUCAAUCGAGCCCCUGGUCGGGAGCCCCUUCCAAUUCAGGAACUUCUCGAGCAGAUCUUGCCUCUCAGCCAGAGGCUUCACCACAAGUCUCGGGCCACUUAGAUCUUCUACCCAUAUUGUUCCCUCAGCAAUCGUCAUUGUACCAGGCCCAGCUCCUCCAUUACAAUAAGCUGAUCUGGCCCGGCCGAGGAGGUGGUGGACCGCAAACCCAACCACUCCCUCCUGCCCUUUCCUCUCCCCGAUCCCAAACCGUGGCUCGCUCAAGAUCGUCAUCCAAGGUGUCGAAUAACCACAAUUCGCACUCGAAACCUGGCACGCAAAACUGCCAUGGGAAUAGAUCAGCAGGGAACCCUGACACCGCCGAUCGCGCGCUUAUAACCCCGGGGAAAGAGAUGGCUUCCAAGAUGUCUGGGAAGAAACGCGGCGACGCCGCCAGUGCCGCUAACCCCUCAAAUCCGCAGAACUCGCAACAUCCGCUCCCAACCCGGCCGGCUGCUCAAACGGUCCCCGGUGUCGUAAGCACCUCUGCUCAGUCGAGUUCUGUCCCCUCUACACCUCACCAGUAUGCACGAAAGUUCUCCUUCGAAUCGCGCGAACCAUCGCCUGGCGCCAUCCAGAACCAUUCCCCGAGGUCUGCUUACUCGGAAACAAAUAGCACUCUGCCUUCGCUUCGACCCCUGCCGCCCCGUUUUGGAGGUUGUCGGUUUGAGACUGCGCCGGCGUACUCUCGAAGGCGGAUGAACUACAGUCUGGGUAGCGAUAAGCUGGAAAGAGUAGACCUGGGGACGGUCAAGGCCAAGCUUUCGGAAGACGAGGAACGGAAACUUACCACCGACAUGCGCGAGUUAUACGACCGGCUCCUACCCACGAGGGACAUUGAGAAGAACAGGCAGAAGCUGGUGCUGAAACUGGAGAAGCUCUUCAACAGCGAAUGGCCGGGCCAUGACAUUCGGGUGCAUUUGUUUGGGUCCUCUGGGAACAUGCUCUGCUCGGAUGACUCGGACGUGGACAUUUGCAUUACGACUGAGUGGAAGGAGUUGGAGGGCGUCUGCAUGAUUGCUGAGCUUCUUGCAAAACAUGGUAUGGAGAAGGUGGUUUGCGUCUCCUCGGCCAAAGUGCCCAUUGUCAAGAUAUGGGAUCCGGAGCUGGGCUUGGCUUGCGACAUGAACGUCAACAACACCCUGGCUCUUGAGAAUACCCGCAUGGUCCGGACAUACGUUGAGUUGGACGACCGAGUGCGGCCCCUGGCAAUGAUCAUCAAGUACUGGACCCGCAAGCGGAUAGUUAACGAUGCCGCUUUUGGAGGGACUCUCAGUUCCUAUACCUGGAUUUGCAUGAUCAUCGCCUUCCUCCAGCUGCGAGAUAUUCCAGUUCUCCCUGCGCUCCACCAGCAACGUCACAAGUUGACAAAUAAAGACGGCUGCAAGAGUGCCUUUGCAGAUGAUCUGGACAAGCUACGAGGGUUCGGGCGCAAGAACAAGGAUAGUCUGGGCGACCUUUUGUUCCACUUCUUCAGGUUCUAUGCCCACGAAUUCGACUACGAUAAGUUCGCUUUGUCGAUCAGGUUGGGGAAGCUGGUAACAAAAACGGAGAAGAAGUGGCAUUUGGCACUGAACAACUGCCUAUGUGUCGAGGAACCAUUCAACAUUGUCCGCAACCUCGGCAAUACGGCCGACGAUACAUCCUUCCGAGGACUGCAUCUCGAGCUCCGCCGAGCCUUUGACCUGAUUGCUGAGGGAAAGCUGGAAGAGUGCUGCGAGCAAUACGUAUUUCCCAAGGAAGAAGAGAGGAUAUGGCAGAAACCAGCUGCCGCCCCGAGACCCAUACUUGUUAGGAGCUCUUCGCAACAGCACUCGAACAGAGGUGGCCGUGGUGGUUACAGGGGAGGCGGCAGGCAGUUCCACCGAGGUGGCAACAACAACCGGCGAGCGUCAUCGAGUGUGGCAUAUGAAACGAAUCCCUCCUUUGUGCAGUCUGGCGUGCAAGCCGCGACCAUGACUCCUCAGGAGGCACAGUUUCUCUGGUACCAGGCUCAGCAGCAAGCUCUCCACCAGGACAUUUUUGGUACGGCCUUGAAUGCGCUGCAGGCUCAGGAGAGCAAUCUACGACUGCACCUCUACUCGCAGCAACAGGCACUGCAACAACACCAGGCACUGGCACACGCCCAGAGGAUGCAGGGUGGGCCGACUCAAUCAACAGACAGGCCACGGACGAACUCAUUUGACAACCCGCCACUAAGUGCUCCGCUUCGGGGGGAUAUCCAGUAUAUGUAUUCGUACGCGGUCCAGCAGAACCCGUACUAUAUUCACCCUGGGUUUACGACGUAUCCCUCAUCACCUUCGGCAACAGCCUCCAGCACUGUACCGGAAUUCAGGAGGAGCCUGCACAGAUCGAAUGCCACGACCGACUCCGGGACGUCGACAGGCAGCGGAUCGCUUAGGUCGCAAUCCCAGCCAGCCUCUCGGUCAUCAAUGCCAACAUCGCAGCCACUCCAAAGUUACCCCACACCGACUCAGCCUCCAGCUGCAGUUCCCACUUUCCCAUCUCGACAAAUCAAUGGCGUACCGAUACCGAGCUUCAUACCUGAUGAGGCAAACGACUCGGAAUUUGACGACUCGCCAGCAAAGCCUAUCUCCGACUCGCCUCCUGAAGACGAAGGUCCACGCUAUGUCGGGUACUACGUGAACGAGACCUCCAGUCCGGGGCAGAAAGCUAAUGGCAAUGCCAUGGGAAUUCCGACUUUUGGAGACCUCGGCCAGAGCAGUCAGGGGGGCCGCCGGCGACUGUCAACAGAUCAACUGCCCCAGUCGAUCCUGGACCGAAGGAUGAAGAGGACCUCCAGGUCUCCUUCCCCUCUUGGCCAUUUUCGGGCAUUCUCUGUCGGCACUCACUCGGCACCACUUGCUUCAACCCCGUUCACACCGUCUGGGAGCAAGCUUUCUGCAACCCGCAGCCCAUUGAUCGUGAACGGAACCGGCACUGGAGCGAAGCCUGGUGUUGGAUCUGGAUCUGGAUACGGUCGCCAGCCCCUGGCAGGCGACAUCACAGGGUCUGAGGACUCCAGCUAUGAUAACCCGCUGCGUAUCAACCAGCCAGCCAGGCUACCUGACUCUUGGACCGGCCAACUAGCUCAACCCCAGGCGCCGUCUGACUCGAGCACAACCCCGAAGGAUCGACCUGUCGUAGUUAAUGGCUCGACAUCAACUUAUUCUCCAACAGCUGCACAAAUCUUUUCCGAGGCGCAACUCUAUGGCCACCACAUGGCGAUGAGCGGGUUGAAUGCCCCGUAUUACCUGCCUAUGGCUCCAGAAGGCCUGAAUGACCUGUCAAAGCUCCCACCAAGCAGUCGGUUACGGACUACUUCCCGCCAGCAGCAGAGCGGUAUUGCCCCUCUGGAUCUUGCCACUGGCGAAUUUUCCAACCACCUUUCUCCAGUCUACGAGAAUCGCACUUCGCCCCCAGCACUGAUGCGCAAGCCUGAAACUCCCUCGCGAACCGAUAAAGUGCCUGCCACUACAAAGUCAUCUGUUUUGAAGGACAGUCGCCUAGACCUCCCGUCUCGCCCAGCUCAGAAGAGCCCACCUACCAAACAGCUAUCACCAAUGAAUGGGCCUAUUUCGAAACAGGAAAUCAUGGGGAAUGCUUCAAUGUCCAACCCGCGUGUCAACGGGAUCUCGAGAGAUCACGGUCACAUGCGUAACUCCAAGAGUGAGAGUGAGAAUCCUGCUGGCUGGCAGAAGCCGAAGAACAGGAAGAGGGGAAUUGCCGAUUUGAAGAGUGCAGCAAAUGGUUUCCUGCACAGCGAGCAGCUACCUAAGAAUGAUGCUGAUCGGAAGGGCGGUUGA